AUGGGUAGAUUUAUUGGUGCUCCGAGAGGGCAGACACGUUACAGAGACCCCGUGACCCACCAGAUGACCCCGGCGUUGUACCGGGUGCGGGCGCCGUUCUUCAAGAAGAACAUGAUCGGCCUCGCCAUCUUCAGCGCUAUCCCGUUGGCGGUGUACUACUACACGUGGCAGCAGCUUUCCAAGGACGAGUUUAGCGAUAUCCCCAUCCCGCCGCUUUCUGAUUCGGAAAUUGAAAAGUUGAAACAAGAGUACGAAGCCAAGGAUAAAAACUGA